AUGCCAACGACCUGGGGCGUCGACUCCUACCACAUCGCCGUCGGCGCGGGUGAUGCCGCUAUCCACCUCCUCAUCCGGAAUCCCGACGGCUCCACCGCCACUAUCGAGCGCGCCAUCCUCGUCGACGGCGGCGAUGGCGGCGUCGGCAUCAGUGACAACGUACGCGGGACCAUGAACUCCAUCGCCGCAAAGUACAGCAUCUUGUCGCUCCAGUUCGACGCUAUCGUCAUCACGCACUGGGACCAUGACCACUACGCCGGUAUCGUCGAGCUCAUUGCCGAGGAUAUCGAGAGGUACCAGCCGCUGAACAGAGACACCUAUCAGAUCAGCUUCAUGAAGUAUAAAGGCAAGGGGCGCACCACGCCGCUCACGUACCUGUAUGCGCCGUACUUUCCCAGCCCGCCACCGCCACCGGGAGCUAAACGGAAGAAGGGCACGAAGUAUAACGGCCCGCCGGCCUGCUUCAAGGAGAAACCAAACAAGUUCCUCACUUACACAUACAUAGUCAAUAAGAAGACCUACGUAUUCAACACGAUUUGUAAUCUCGCGCAUACCGAUAUCCGCGGUACAAACUUUUUUGACAACACCCCACUGGCGGACGGCGAUAAGGUUAAGGCCACUUCGCCGUCGGUGCUGUAUAACCUCAACCUGCCGGUGAACAAUGAUGGGAAGAAAGAUCGCUCGCGCCCGGGUAUCUACUGUGUGGGGUCGAACGAGCUCUACUUUGGCAGUACCGCGGCGCAGGCGGAGAGAUUGGAGAAGAUAUCGGGGGAGGUGGGUGAUGCGGACUACGUUAUGGAGGGGCACGUGGCCAGGUGGUCCGGGGCGACCGGGAAGCCAGGUCUGCUGGGAGGGGCCAUCACGAACGUGAAGUUGAGCCAUCAUGGUGCGAGGAAGUCGACGCCGACCAUAAUGCUGGAUAAGUAUCUGCCGAAGAAUGUAAUCGUGUCGUGUGGGACGAGGUUUGGGCAUCCUUGCUGGGAAAUCCUGGUCUACCUGGAAGCCCUCUAUCUCAGCUCAAAGGGACGCCCCUUCCAGUCGUUAUCCCGGCCCAUCUACAGCACCAAUUACCCCGGCUGGCUCGCAAAAUCGCCGGGUGGCCACUACUGCUCCGUUAGGAAUGUCAGCACCACAGCACUCUGUGGUUCGGCCGAAUUCCCCAGGUGGGACACAUAUGUGAAAGCUGUGAAAAAAAAGUACCACACUAUCAACAAAUCCGGCGGGAACGGCUCACAGUUCCCGUCCAUAUUCGACGAGUGGGUUGGGUUGCAGCACCCGCCGAACACCCCUGCUCUGAUAAAGCAGUGGAUCUGCAAGCGGAUGCAGACGCGCUGGGAAAAGAUGUCGACCACCACGGAGAACCAGCUGCCGGCGUUGGGCGCCUCAUGGGGUAGCGGAAAUAUGGUCCUGAAUAACAUUAAUAAGUAUCUGCGCUACAUCAAGGCCAUGAGUAGGAAGUUUGGCGAUGGUAAGGACGGAAAGGUGGAGCUGCAAUACUAUGGCCAGAAGGAUGAGGAGCUCCCGAAACCCCGGCAGCAAAAGGAAGGAGAUAAAUCGAAACAGGCAAACAAAGUAAAGAGCAAGACCAAAAUGAAGGGGUCGCAGUCCUUCAACAGCAACAUUGCGAACGACACCACGCAGACUUCUGGCUUGAAUGUUUACCAAAACUUCGGGAUGGGUGAUGAAGACGAUUGCAAUGAACUCGAUACCCUCAAGAAGAUGAAGAUCAACCAGGGGCCAGACUCAGAUAGGGAGAAUGGCAGCUCUGACAGAGCCGAAAUAAAGCUAGAGGAUGAUAUCAAUGCCACAAAUCCCACUGCUUCUAUGGCCACAGCCAAUGUUAAUGUCGAUGACGAUGACACCACAUACUAUAUGUAUGGUACUAACUUCACGGGAAAGUCGCGAAGUCAAUCCGCCUACAUCUUCGCGGCAGGUACUGACCUCGACAACUUUGUCAACCUCCUUCACCGCUGCGUUAUUGGCCUUGCUUCCGCGCCCCCAUCCACGGGACAGUGUUCAGGCCACCCAGCUUACAGUCUCUACCACUGCCGGCACCAUCGGCAACUUCGUCUUAACGAUGACCUCCCCGCUGGAUACCGCGGCGCAGUCCCCCCUGCCACGCCGAGCCCGCAGCUCAUAUUCAGCACUCAAUAUGCGGAGUUUGCACUUGACGUACCUACCCUCAACAGUGAUGUGACGGGGUAUGUGCCCGAUGUUGGCAUCAUGGUGUUCGGGCUUGAUCCAUUCACUUUUCCGCAGACGGCCACGGGUCCGGCCACGACGCUGGAUAUGACGUUGCUGCAGGUGUUUGAAUACUGUGGGCUGAGCAGCAUGGCGAACUCGUUUGUGAUGCUGUUUUUGGGUGUUGUAAACCUACAAUUGGAUCCGGCGAAUAGUCAGAAAAAAAGGAAUGCGGUAUGGUUUGACCCGACCAGCAGCUACAAGACAGUCGUCAGGCUUGAGUUCGACAUGCUACCUGCAGAUCUGGUCACUUUCAACGGUCUUUUCCAGAAAGUCCUCCCGGGCCUGGAUCUCGAUAAUGUGACGGUGAUUGCAAAGCGGACUAACUUUUGGGACCUGUCAAUACAAGGAGCUUUGGUCCAGACACAAGGAGAUGUUACACUCAUCGCCAAGUGGACCUACUUGAAUAAUACAUUUGACAUUGCUAUCGAAUUCCGUGAGAAACUACUGACGAUUGAGAUCAAGACAGAGACUGUUAAUGCUCUGGAUGCGAUUCUAGAUUGUAUAGAGGUGGAUCUGGGCUUUGUUCGUACAUGGCUGAACUCCGCCGACAAAGGCGCUGCGCCAAAUCUGCGUCGUAUCACUCUCACGAUCGUCAUUUCAGAUACGGCGGCUCCUACACUCUCACACUUUACGAUAGAUGUUGAGGUUGCACUAUGCUUUGGAGCUGUGAGUGAAUCCGAGAAGGUAGUUUUCCUGUUGAGCCUUAAUUGGGUCAUGGGGCAGGAUACGGACGGGGUCGAGUUAAAGGGGACGCUCUGGUGCGAUUCUUCCGGACUACGAGCCUCACCUCAAGUUCGCCCCCACAACACCCGGCACCCUCAGCCAAGGGCUGAACCUCACAAGCCUCCUCGGGGAUUUCUUGACAGUCACCAAGCCAUCCCCGACUUUCCGGCAACUGUUGUGCAAGCAUACGUUACCCUUACAGACACAAAGAUCUCCUUUGGCGGGAUGCUCCAGGACGGCCCCCCAACGCAGGUCCCAGCACUCAGUCUCGCAACCUUGGAACUUGACGCCUCGUGGGAGUGGGCGGCCGCAGGGACGCCCGGAAAGGCCACAUUAUCAUGUGAUGUUGGUGUACUGCUCGAGCCAUCGGGGGACACGACGGAGGAGCACCAAAUCCCCGCAUCAUUAUGGGGCAAGUUGUCUUAUGAGGAGGGAACCUGGACUGUGGCUGCGUCGGUACAGAAUCUCUACUUAUCGGCUCUGUACAGCUUCCUUGACGCAGAUGCCCAGAGUGGCGGCGUCAUGUCGUUCCUGGAGCGCAUCGAGAUUGAGUAUCUUGAUCUGGUGUACACAUACCAGAGCGAUAGCAAAGAUACAUUCACCUUUGCUGGGAACAUCUUGGUCGGCGAGCUACAGCUGAAAUUGACUUACGAGUAUUUAUCAAGCGGUACCUGGACAUUCAGUGCAACGCUUGACACCGCCACCCCUGGGAAAUCUACUGUGGGCGAGAUUUUGAAUAGUAUUGUCGGCGGUACAGCAUCAAACAUGCCCCCGUUCGUUGCCAACAUCCCUGUUUCAGAACAGGACAGCAUUGAGUUUAUGUGCAAAAAGCCUGGAAAAAACAAAUCCAUACUCUACUGGGGGAGUAUCAGCGUUGGUGACUUCGAGCUUUCAUUUGCCCAGUACAGGGAUUCCACAUGGCUGCCGACAGUACCGCCGAAACGUAUCAUUAGGGCAGCAGUCAGUGGGCUGGGAACAUGCAACUUUCCGGUCGUGGGGGAGCUCCAGCAGCCGUUCGACGAGAUGUACUACCUGUGGGUGGAGGAUACGUCGAAACAGAAUGGAAACGUAGGUGCGGGGCUUCUGCAGAAGGAGGUGGACGCUAUCAAUAAGCAGCUUGCGGUAAAAGAUCAGCUACUGGUGAAGGCAUUGUCGAGUAAGAAGCCAGGCAAGACAGAUUUGGUUAUUGCGGCGGGGUCGCACUUUGUGGUGGUGUUGGAUGAGAAGGGUACAAAGACGGCGGUAAUCGAUUAUGUGUUCGGGCAGCCCAAGCCAACGACCAAAAGCACGGAUAUGAUCAUUGCUGGGAGGGCGACAGCCUUACAAGGGGGCGGCGGCGGGGACGAUACCAGCGGGGACUCGGGGCCUUCAAUGGCCGCAUAUAAAAAGACAAUUGGCCCGCUGUCAAUAACAAACAUCGGUUUUCAGCUCAAGGGUACCACUCUUUCAGUUCUCUUUGACGCGACAUUUGCGCUGGGCCCGCUGAGUUUGACACUCAUCGGCUUUGGUCUGGGACUUGACUUCUCUGGAGCGAAUGUCAAUCUGCAAAGCCUCCCCCCAGUUGUCCCCUCGCUCAGCGGUCUGGCGGUGUCAUUUAACCGGCCGCCAUUGGUCAUUUCUGGACUGUUUGAGCAUAACAGCACCGAAGCCGGAGACAUCUAUGUUGGCGGCGUUAUCGUUGCAUUUGAUCCUUAUCUAUUUGAAGCAGCUGGCUUUUACGGGAACCUUACUCUGGGCAAAACCGGCCAUAAAAAGAAGGAGAUCGCCGCGUGCGUCUUUGGUAUGCUCAACGGCCCGCUUGUUGAGCUUGAGUUUGCAGAGAUCUCGGGCAUCACUGGUGGCUUCGGGUACAACUCUGCAUUGCGAUUCCCCAGCGUUAGUGAGGUCGAGUCUUUCCCCUUUAUCAACAUGCCGGUGGCCCCCACGAACCCAAUGAAAGCACUGAAGGAUAUGAUGGGCAACCCCGCCGGCUGGUUCACCCCGCUAGACAGCACCUACUGGGUGGCUGCAGGACUCAAAGUGACGGCCUUCGAGACGCUUAUGAUUGAUGCCGUCGUCGUCGUGGAGUGGAAUCCGUCUGUGAGUCUCGGCAUCUUUGGUGUCGGUGCGGCCGACAUCCCCGCAGACCCUGACAUCAAGGAGAAGUUUGCACGUGUUGAGCUCGGAAUCGCGGCAACGGUUGACUUUGCUGCAGGCCUUAUGAAGUUUGAGGCACAGCUUAUGCCUAGUUCGUUUGUGCUGAGCCCAGACUGCCAUCUCACCGGAGGGUUUGCGCUCUACUACUGGUUUGACGGGUCUGAUCCGGCAAUGCAGGGUGACUGGGUGUUUACCAUUGGCGGCUACAACCAGGCGUUCAAGGCCCCAUCCCAAUACCCAAAUCCACCGAGGCUGGCAAUUUCAUGGAACCUCGACCAAUCGCUGAGUAUCACAGGCCAGGCAUACUUUGCCAUGACGCCAAAGGUGUGUAUGGGCGGCGGCCUACUUCAUGCGUCGCUGUCUCUGGGGCCGCUGCAGGCAUUCUUUGACGCCUACGCAGACUUUCUAAUCAACUACAAGCCCUUCCACUUCAUCGCGGAUGCGGGUAUUUCUGUCGGCGUCCGCUAUACCAUGGAUCUUUGGCUUGUCACUCUCCAUAUCAGCGUCGAGAUUGGCGCCCAUAUCUACCUACAGGGACCGCCAAUGUCCGGAAAGGUCCACGUCGACUUCUGGGUGUUUGGCUUCGACAUCAACUUUGGGCCGGGCGCUGACCCUGUUGUGGCUGUCAGUCUGGCGGACUUUUAUAACCUCGUAUAUCAAGCAAGCAUCCAGCCCUCUGCGGCGGUGGCCUCUAAAUCAAGCGCUCCCGCCACCAUUGCCACAGUCAUGGGCACCGACACGACGGUGGCAGAGUCGGGUAAAGAGAUAGUGGGGGGCGGGAAGAAAGCUACGGUUCAGAAUGACCACAUAUUUUCGUGCCAGAGCGGCCAGGUCUCAUCCACCGACGGGACCAGUAUUCCAGGGGUCACUGAUGCGUGGCUCGUGCGAGCAGCAGCAUUUUCGUUCGGGAUCGCCUGCCGGAUGGCGAUCGAUACCGUUGAGAUUACCGACGACCCUUCGGCAACAGUCCCACAGCCACCCAACCAGAUAUAUGCAAAACCUAUGCAGCUGACAGAGGCGUUGACGUCGGAUUUGGUUGUCACGAUUGAGUCUCUCCCGGCCCCCCCUGCGGGUUCGCCGAAUGUGUGGAGAGUUGCACCGACAUUGAAAGCUGUACCCUCUGCGUUAUGGGGUAUUUAUGACCAAAACCAGGACCCAUCGAAUCCAGGUGCGAACAACCUCAAUGGCCUUCUCAAUGGCGACUCAGCAGCUAUCACUCUCAUGAUGGGCGUGACAAUCAGCGCCCCAUUCCCAACAGCUUCCAAGGAUCUCAUACCCCCUUUUAACGCGGCGUUAGAGUCCUCGGAUACCAUUAACCCUGGCGGUACAUUUCCCGCCCUGGUUGAGGAGAGCCCGGACUGGCUGCCAAUCCCAGGCACCGGAGAUGAUGACCAGUGGGAUUUAGUGGAGGAAAAAUGGCAGAGCCCGCUCUCAGGCCAGGUGAGCGCACAGACUAUGGUGAUGGAUUGGGGAACGCUCUUUGGGUGGGACACGAACCCGCUGGUCGGGGAUGCGCCGACUACGCUGUUGGGGGCGUUUGGAGCUUGGGAAGAAUUCUAG